CGGCUCCGGACCUCUCCCGGGGGUCCCUCCCGCCCCGCCGGCAGGGGGCGCCUUUCUGCCUCUCUCUGCGCAUGUGUCAGGAGACUCCUGCAGGGUUGGCAACUACAACUCCCAGCGGCCCCCGCGCCGCGGCUGUGACGUCAUCUCGCGACGCGAACGGGCGCUGGGUCCGGGACCCAUCCAGGCCGUCAUGACCAAGCUGAUGCAGUGGCUGUGUGGGUUCGCUGUGCUGGGCUCGGGCUGGGCCGCUCUGGUGCUGACGGUGCCCGGGCGGCAGCUGCCGGGCCCGAUCCGGGAGGCUCUGCUGCCCCUGCCCCUCUACCUCCUGGUGGCCUUCGGCUGCUACUCGCUGGCCACCGUGGGCUACCGCUUGGCCACCUUCAACGACUGCGAAGAGGCAGCUGCUGAGCUGCAGGAGCAGAUCAGAGCGGCCCGGGCUGACCUGAGGCGGAGAGGCCUCCGCUUUGGACCCCAAUAAAGCUGCGGGGUGGUGGCUGCUGGUGGGACCCCCGGUGCU